AGCCUAGAAAACAAGGAGUGACAGCAGCAGAAGUGUGUGCAGAGGAGCAGGCUGCAGAGGAUUGAGAUGAAUAGGGAUCCUUUUCUGGCCAUGACAGAGUAGGAGGGCCUCUUUAAUAGCUCUUAGCAACGCCCCUGCUUUGACCCCCCUCAUCUGUGAGGAAAAUCAAAUCAAUACAGCCUUCUUCAGAUCACGAUGCUCCCACAGCAGCAGUUCCAGGAGCAGCAGAGCAUCGCAGCAGCCUUCGACUCUUCAUAAAUUUUACCAGCAUUUCUUGCUUCGAUGGUCUCCGCAUUUCUGGACCCAGAUCACUGCUGAAAAUCACCAGAUCACCUGCGUCACUGAAAGGCUAUUCCAAGUUGUCCUAGAUGGCCAACAGAGGACCCAGCUAUGGUUUAAGCCGAGAAGUCCAGGAAAAGAUCGAACAGAAAUAUGACACAGAACUGGAGAGUCGGCUGGUGGACUGGAUUAUCAUACAGUGUGGUGAAAACACAGAGCAUCCCCCUCCAGGAAGGCAACAUUUCCAGAAAUGGUUAAUGGAUGGAACAGUAAGUAAUAGUCUGAUCCUGCUGUGCAAGUUAAUAAACAGUUUACAUCCCAAGGGGAAAGAACCCAUUCCAAAGAUCACAGAAUCAAAGAUGGCUUUCAAGCAAAUGGAGCAAAUUUCCCAAUUCUUGAAAGCGGCAGAAAUCUAUGGAAUACGAACAACAGAUAUUUUCCAGACAGUGGAUUUAUGGGAAGGGAAGGACAUGGCUGCUGUACAAAGAACUUUAAUGGCUUUGGGCAGUGAAGCCGUCACAAGGGAUGACGGAUGCUAUAGAGGGGAUCCAGCCUGGUUUCACAGGAAAGCACAAAAGAACCGGCGAGGGUUUUCGGAAGAGCAGCUGCGUCAAGGACAGAAUGUCAUCGGUCUCCAAAUGGGGAGCAACAAGGGAGCGUCUCAGUCUGGGAUGACGGGAUACGGCAUGCCAAGACAGAUCAUAUAGGUCACAUUCUCCACCUUUAAACACACACUCACACAAUCUACAGCAUGGCCUGACUGGGGAGAAAAAUAUAGCUAGUUAAUGUUCAUGCUAAAAAGAAAAAAAAAUCUGCUUCUAAGUUUUCCCUUCUAAGAUUUUUGGAUUUCUUUUUCCAGCUGCAACCUUUCAACCUGAAAUGUGGACCUGUGUGCUUGAUGUGUACCACUUCGCACAGCACAUUGACGCCCUGUGAUGUUCGUUUCUGAACUAUGCAAAGACUGUUUUUCUGUAUUUAUUUGCAGUUUGUUACCUUCUGUACUUGUGUCUUAUUGAACUUGCUCUCUUGCACCUCGGCAAUCUUCUUCUCCACUCUACUGGUGAAAUAAUUUGCUCUUCUAAAAAUAAAAAUAAAUCAGGAGGAAAAAACAA